AAUGGAGUCUGACGAAUCGGACGCUGAAUCUGAAACGCCUUUGCCUAAAGCGACAGCAAUGAAGAAAAAACAAACCAUCCAAACCGCCGAAGUCUUGAUCGAGAAGAAAAGAACAAAAGACAUGAUUCACGAGGCUCUCGGCGAACUGAAGACCAGAAAAGGCGUUUCAUUAUACGCCAUCAAGAAAUACAUCACCGAAAAAUACAGAGUUGACGCCGACAAAAUUAAUUAUCUAAUUAAGAAGCAAAUUAAGAACGGCGUAAUUGACGGCGCUAUCGUACAGACGAAAGGCGUUGGAGCCACUGGCUCGUUCAAACUGGCUCCCAUCAAAGAAAAGAAGAAGCAGACCCCACUAAUGCAGAAUGAAAACGAAAAAGCAGUGAAAGAAAAAAAGAACGCCAAUAAAAAGAAAAAAGAAACAGAAAAAAAUAAACCGAUCCCCGAGGAUAACAAACAGAAGCCGGUUCUUCCCAAAGAGAAAAUUGUGAAACCGAGAAGCAAGAAGACAGAUGAGAAUCAAUUGAAAAUCACGAAAGCGAACACGAAAAAAUCGUCGAAAGACAAAAUGGCGGCCGGAGAGGCCGCGGACGCGCCGAAAAGAAAAAAAACAAAAUCGUCCAAAGACGCGCAAACUCCCGCCAAAAAGAAGUCCAUGCUGAUGAGAAGGAAAAGCAUAGGGAAUAUUAUUAAACCGCCAAAAAUGAAACCUAAGGCUCACGAUUAGGAUAAUAAUAUUUUAAGCAUUUUUCUUUUUUUUAAUACAACUAUUUAAAUGCCUUGACUGCAAAAGAUUUUAAAUGUUAAUAAAUUAUAUGAUUUCAUUUAUAAAAAAAAAAACUCGUUUGAUUUCCAAUUAAAAUAAGAAUAAACAAAAAAUACAUGAAAUGGACCGUUCAUUUUGAAAGUGGUGUAAGUCCAUUUUUGAGAAAAAUUAGCUAUCACGUAAUUCAU